AUGUCUAUGCUCAACGUCUGCACAACUGAUUCAGUUAACAGACGAAAUAAACCUCAGAGAGAAAACCAUCGACAGCUUUCUCCUUGGACAUCAACAGAUAGUAUAACUUCUUACUAUAGUUUUCCUUUAACAACUUCAAAAGGUUCUUCAAUCGAGGCACUAUUUUCUCGAAUACUAGAUGUUCUUAUAUUUACUUCAGCAAUUGCCAUUACAGCCUAUACAUAUGUUACAGGUGCAUUAAUACACCAACAAACCCCGAAAGCAAUAACAAACUCACCUUCUUCGACAUCCACUUUUCAAAAUACUUCCAUCUAUGGUCGCCACAGCGAUGGUAGUAGCAGUGGUAGUAGUAUUGGUCAACAUCACCGAAAGAAUAAGUCAAACCAUUUGUCACAUAGUCACUGCCAGCAUCAUCAAUAUCAUCAUCACGAACACCAACAUACACAUCCUCAUGCUUUCGAUCCUAAUCACCACAGCCUUUCGGGCUCGUAUCAGCAAUUUAAUGUUUACCCCGUGACAAUAAAUGAAACAAAAAAGAAAAGAACUCAAGCAUGGGCAGAAAAUCAAUUCAUAGUACAUCCGAUAGCCUCCUCAAGUUCGUUUAGAUCCCUAUCACUAUCGCAACCAAGCGUCAAAAGAGAGAGAAAUGCGAAUCUUACAUCCAAUUUGAAGGUGCGACCGCUUCCUACUACCUCUUCUUCACUCACAAGUGAUAGAGAAAAAGCUAAAAUAAACUAUGAAGAACGAAAACGACGAACACGAUCGCUGCCUGUUACAAAGUUUGAGAAAGAAGAUGAAUUAUUAAGCAAAGUACAAUCACUCAUUCAGCAAGGUCAAGAAGCCUUAAUAUCUUGA